CCAUUUAACUGGGAUGCUCAGAACACUAAACAAACUAGACAUUUACAAAUCGACAACUCCUUCGAACAAUGAUCAAUCCUGGAUUAAACAACAGGCAAGAUAAGCAUAGUUUACAUUAGGUCCCCAAAGAUGCAUUCAUAGAAUAUUACAUCUACUGGUAUUGUAUUUUUCACGUCUUAUUUUUUCGUGGAUCAACAUAACCAAAACAUUUCGAUGAUGACCUUUGCCAUGCUGCGGCCAAUGGCGACUCAUCUGAGCAGCUACUCGGAACUUGGUAUUAUGUCCGAGGAUGAGGAGAACCGCAGUGAGAGCGAUGGUAGUUCGGACCAGAGCUAUGGAUGCUGCGUUUCCGUGGAAAAACGCCGGAGGAUUUCCAGUAAAUCGGGAGGCAGCGGCGUUCUUAUAGUGAAACAGCGGAGCGCAGCCAAUGCAAGGGAACGCGACCGAACCCAAAGCGUUAACACUGCAUUUACUGCGCUACGGACUCUAAUACCCACUGAGCCUGUGGACAGAAAGCUCUCCAAAAUUGAAACACUUCGCCUGGCAUCCCGCUACAUCUCUCACCUUGCCAACACCCUGCUGCUCGGAGACGGGAAUGGAGAUGGGCAACCCUGCCUUGGAGCGGUAUACGCGCAUGGAGAGAGCGGUGAAAAGCAGCCUCGAAACAUUUGUACUUUCUGUUUGAGCAACAAAAGGAAAGGGGUAAAGGAUGGAAAAGAUUGUCAUAAGAUGCGAGGCAUUGGUCCGCUGAGGAUGAGUCACAGAUAGAAGACCAGACAUUAAACCACACUAACUAGAACCAAUUAAACUCCUCAUCCAUAAGUCAGGGAAUCCUAGAAGCAGACCAUAACAGAACUAUACUGAUGGAGAAUAGAAUGAGAGACUAUUUAUACUUGAGAAAACAGUCGUGAGAAGCACAGAACAAACACAACCUAAUAUCUGAAAACCUUCACAAAUGCAGUGCAUUUGUUGA